GACUCGCCCGCCCGGGAGCGCUGCCUGUGGGCGGUGGGCCCGAGACCCGAGCGCCGCGUCGCCGCCGGGUCCCCGGGGUGGGGGCGCCCCCCGCAGCCGCGGCCAUGAGCAAGCUGGGCAAGUUCUUCGGAGCCGGACGCUCUUCGAAGGGCCGGGCCGCCCCCAGCCCGCAGGAGGCCCUGGCCCGGCUUCGGGAGACCGAGGAGAUGCUGAGCAAGAAGCAGGAGUACCUGGAGGCUCGCGUGCAGAGGGAGCUCACCCUGGCCAAGAAGCACGGCACGCGGAAUCCGCGAGCUGCAUUACAGGCACUAAAGAGGAAGAAGAGGUUUGAAAAGCAGCUCGCUCAGAUUGAUGGCACACUUUCCACCAUUGAGUUCCAGAGAGAAGCCCUGGAAAACUCACACACCAACACCGAGGUGUUAAGAAACAUGGGCUUUGCGGCAAAAGCGAUGAAAGCAGUUCAUGAAAACAUGGAUCUGAACAAAAUAGAUGAUUUGAUGCAAGAGAUCACAGAGCAACAGGAUAUUGCCCAAGAAAUCUCAGAAGCCUUUUCUCAACGGGUUGGAUUUGGCGAUGACUUUGAUGAGGAUGAGUUGAUGGCAGAACUUGAAGAAUUGGAGCAGGAGGCAUUAAAUACGAAGAUGACAAAUAUCCGACUUCCAAAUGUACCUUCUUCCUCCCUCCCAGCACAGCCAGAUAGAUUGCCAGGUGGAACGUCGGGCGUGUCCUCGACUGCACAUCGAUCUCGAGCAGCAUCUUCCAAGAGGACAGAAGAAGUUGAUGAUAUCAAACAAUUGGCAGCUUGGGCUCCUUAAACUAAAAUGGAAUUCGUCGACACCUGACUUAAUGAACUCUACCUAAGACAUAAAGAAAUGUCUUUGCCACAUUCAGAAGUUAACAAAGACCCCGUUUUAUAUUUACGCUGGACGAGUAAUUGUCUUUUAAGCCUUAUAAGCACAAGUCACAAGGAAUCGUGUGUAGACAUCCAAUCAGGGGUGGAAAGGGACUUCCUGGUAGCUUCUGGGAGGAUCUCGCCAUGCUGAUGGGAGGGGGCGUUUGUCUUGUUACAGGCCACUGUAUUUCCAGUCCCGGCACCUAGUUGGUGCUCUGUAUACAUUUGUUGAAGGAGAACGGAAUUCUAUUAACAUAGAAAACAUAUGACAGUUUAUAAGCCACGUAAAAGUGAGGCGUUGAUAGCUAGAGAAAAUAGCGUUCUCUUCGAAGUGAAUGCAAGUUUUGCUGAGUGUGUCUGUUGGAACCUAUCUGUCCCACAGUAAGUGUAAAUACACUGUGUCUCUUGUAGGAGAGACUUCAUGUACCAGAAGUCUUAUGUGAGUCCAUACAUAAAUAGUUUCACUUGAGUUUUGCAGUUUAAAAUCUUAAAGGAGCUUUAAUUGACAUUUAUUAUGGCAAUUAAGCUUGGAAUGGGGCAAUGGAUGCACUUCCCAAAAUGUCUGAGAGCACUAACAGCUUACACUGCUGAGCGAGGAUCUCCUGGGUGUAAUUUAGCCACUUAGGAAGCCGUGUUAACACUCCCGGGCCAUUACGAUGCUGUUAUGGCUUCAGCGUGCUGAAUGUGUGAGCGUUCAUUCUUUUCCAUUUUGUGCUCUCUUGUACGUUUAUUUACACCUUAUGGCAUAUUCCUUGUAAAUACAUAAAGAGUCGAUUAAAAGUAUAUCAUGAGUAAAA